AUGUAAAAGUCAAAACAAAUGUAACUAUUGGAGAUAUGGUUGCAGCUACUUUGUUACAUUACAAUGAAACACACAGAGCUAUUAUAUUAGAUAUGAGUUCAAAACAUCCUUUUGAAAAUUAUUUAUGUUAUUUUAUUGAUAUCGGCUGUAAAGAAUAUGUUAACACAAAUCAUAUAUUUUAUGUACUAGAAGAAAUUAAAAAUGUUCCUUAUUUAGCUCAUAGAGUGGAUUUGAAACACAUUCCACUGCAUAAUACUAUGCUGUUGAAGUAUUUAAAGAACUAUUAUGAUAAAUUGUAUUUACAACCAUUAUUAAUAGAGUACGAUGAAAGUGAUUCCAGUGGACCCAUCAAAGCUAUAUUAAAAAGAAAAUCAAAUAAUAUGGAUAUAUAUUUAGAUAUAAAACAAUUUUUACAUAAGAAAUUAUCAAGUUUUAAUUCAUCAAAUAAUAAAGGAAGUGAAUUAAAAAUUACUGACUACUUGAAGUACAAUGAUUUGCUCAAAAAUGGAACAGUAGUAUUAAUUACUCACUUUUGUUCUAUACAUCAAAUUUAUAUCCGUAUUAACACAUCUGAAUUAACAGAAUACUAUAAUAAUUUAAUCACAGAAGUUAAUCAGUUCUAUGCCAAAUUAAAAAAUGUGAAUCACAAAAUAAUGACUCCAAAAAUUGGUGACAAGGUUGCUGUAAAAUCUGUAUCCAAGAAUAAAUUUGCACGUGCAAUUAUUUCUAAAAAAGUUAAUGACACAACUUAUUCUGUACACUUUCUCGACUACGGUGAUAAGGAGUAUGUGAAAGCAAUCAACAUUUUUCAGUUGCCUUAUAAUUUAAGACAUUUGCCACAGUCAGUGAUUAAAAUUGGUUUAAAUAUUGUAAUGCCAAUGAAUAAAAUUAAACAUCUUCCUAAAUACUUCAAUCAAUUAAUUCAAUUAUCAGUUCCAUUAAUUGCGGAGUUUGAUGAAGAAGAUCCAUUAGGGUUUCAAAAGAUURUUUUAAGAAAGGAGCUUGAUGGCGUUAAUAUUCAUGAAGAUAUUCAGAAAUUAUCUGACCCAUUAUAAAUAAGUGCUGAUAAUUUUCUUUAAAAUUAAAUAUGAAUAGUAUUUAUA